UUUGGACCGAGCAAAUAAAAGACAGCAAUCAUUAACCCAUGUGAAAAAUAGGCAUCUUGGAUCCAUGAAUGCAAAUUUAGAUUGACCUUUGCAAGGUUCGUCUGUAUUACAAAACUACACUGUUGACCUUGCACGAAAUAGAGUCUAUGGUGCAAUCUGAUGGAACAUAUUCAUGAUACAAUUAUUAACCCAGACAAAACACAUACCAUAUGUACAUUGUUGUUGGUGGGGAUUCCCCACUCCCCGCUCUCCCUAUCGUCUGCCGUGUUAUUCACAGCAGUGCAUUACUAAACAUAUUGCAUGGAGGAAAUCCUGUCCUGAGCAGUUGCUGUGUGAUUAAUUCACGUCUGUUUAUACCAUCAAUUCUUGGUCAGCUAUAAUGCCGGCUACUCGAGCAACCAGCGCAACAUCUCUGUCGCAACAGCAGAGGCAAUAUGGCAAUAGUUUCUUCAAAUCAUCUCAGGAGGGUGGUUUCGGGUUCGUUGUCCAGUGUGGAAGAUUGGAGUCUGCUCUUCAGUGGUAUCAGUGUGCUUCUAGCUGCAGCUGCAACGAAGAUGAUGCAGUCUCGGCUAUCAAAAAUAUCGCCAUGACAACCUGGAAGUUGGCUUCUCUGCACGGGUCAACGACAGACAGGAAUCAGAAGUUACAGAAGGUCAUAGCCAGACGUUACUUCAAUGAUGCCCUCCAAAACUUCAACAAGGCACUUCUGCUUAGAUCCUGCAAGAAUGCUGCCUGGACUGACCACCUGCGGUCAUCCAUGCGCAGAUGCGGGGAGGAGGCCAUUGCGUGGAUCAAUAAGUCUUUCGAAAAUGAACAAGAGAAGAUGGGUUUGCUUACCGAGACUUUAGCUCAGCUGCCUGAUGAGAAAAGGAAGGCCGAAGAAUACGUCAAAUUGGCAACCCACCUCUUUGGACUAGGAAUGACAGCACUCGGGGAGCUCCAGUACAAAGAAUGUUUUAGGUUCAUGAAAGAGUGCUACUUCCCAAUACAAGAGGCAGCUAGAACAUGUAAAAAUGAUCCAGUCAUAAUGUCCGAGGUGGAAGUUCUCCAGGAAGAUGUACAUCAGCAUACACGCCUCGCUGAAGCAGGCAAAGCAAGGGCUACAGGCGAUGCGCUCCUGGAGACAGGACCUAAGGACAAGAAGGAGCUAAACGUGGAGUUAAUCUGGUCCAUCAUGGAUUGGUAUAGGCAGUCUGUCAUCCUGUGUAAAGGGAGUGAUAUAGAACAAGAGGCUAUCGCUUUCAGCAGGCUGGGCAGGGUUUAUGGCAAGGUACUGAAGUUAACAGUGAAGGGAAAGGAUUGCUACAAAAAAGCCAUUGAGCUUGCACUGAGUAUGUACCCUAGAAACUUCCAUAACGUUGACUGGUUUGAGGAGAGCAAGAAAUUUGUGGAGGAAUUCCAAAGGCGACUCAACAAAGAUGGAGAAGAGAACAAGGAGAAGGAUGCAGUACUGGCUGAGAUGAAGGCCGAUCUUGAUAAGCUGAAAGGAUUCUCGAGUCUACCGGCAGAGGAGUAUGUAGCGACUCUCUACAAGACGUGGCCGCCCAAGGCUCCGGGGGCCAAGCUGGAUGAGGAACUGUCCAAGAAGAAGCUACUCCUGAAGGCCAUUAGUCACUAUCAUCCGGACAAGGUGGACAAAGAGGUCCAUGGCAAGAAGUGGUACUACUUCACGGAGGAGAUUACCAAGUGCCUCAAUGAUAGAUACAUGAGAGAAAAAUUCACUGAUGUGGACUAGGGCUCAUAUUGAUAAAGGGCUUGAUUAAACAUGGUUUAACUUAGUCCAUUUACAGUGAUGGAUUGGGGAGGGGCCACCGGGGACUACCCCGCCUGAAAAUGAUUUAUUGUUACUUUGUUCCCGAUGAUUGCUCAAUAUCACCUCACAUUACAUCGUACUCAUUAGCUCUGCAAUUAUUUGUAUGCCUCCGCUACAAAGUCUGUUCGUAUGUCUCGUUCUUGUGAUCGCGUUAUCACAAGAACUGAUAGAUGGGUCAUG